AUGGAAAAGACGAGGGAAAUUUAUUUAUUUGUGCUUGCUAAGAUUUACUGGCGUUGCUACGUUGCAGAUCAUGAUGAACAAUUUUUAAGAAACAUUUUCGAAAAGAAACUUUACGAAUUAAGUUUCAAACUGAAGACGAAAAUCUCAAGGGUUGCUUUAAGACGAAACAAAAUCUCAUCGUCUAUUAAUGCAACAAUAAGAAUUGCAAUUGAAUUAGAAGUUUUCCUUUUAACCCAUUGCCAUUGUUGUCAAAUCUUAAUGUUGUGCUGUUUAUUCUCCCAUACGAAACUUUCAACCUCAGAAAAGGUGAAAUAUUUAUGUUAUUUUAGCGCCGGAAAUGAGUGA